GAUUUUCCAUGGCCCUCCAUUCAUUCCAUUACUUUUCAGGGCAGGAAGUUUGACAUUCGUGCUGACUGUUUUUUUGAGAAAAAGCUGGUGCUUUAUAGUCUGUCCGUCCUUCAUGCCAAAAACCUGCUGCAGCACAUAAGCAACAGUCACCGACUGCAUCUCAACACAAAGCCCUUGGUCAUGAAGCUCAAGGAAAAAAACGGUAGACACAGAGAGAUGUACAUCACAGAUGGAGCUGAUCUGGUCUUUGAGGACAGUGAUGAUGAUGAGCUUCCACCAAUGAAGUUCCUCUUAGACAACAUCCAGAAGCAAACCACUGGCACCACUGACUGUAGAACUGUCAUGGGUAGUGAUGCUUCAAAUGGCGCUUGCUGUUUAGAGAUGAGUGUUGAUGAGCCUGAAGAAAUGUUGGUAGAUGAUCCUGAAGAUGUUCUGCGUUUAAUUGAGCUGGUGGAGGGUGUAUCUGUGGAUGGUCCUUUAUUGUUGCCAAUUUCUCACUGGGAAGGUGAAACAAAUCAAAUCAGUUAAUUUCCACUACUCUCCACCCUGCUAGAAAAACCGCUUGAAGCAUCUCUAUCUCCAUUGUGGGUGUUAACCUGGAAGUGACAAGCAACCACAAGCCAUGGAGGCUUUAGAAUGUGCAUUUGUACUUUGAAUGAACUAACUUUUUUUCACAUUAUGUCCCUAAAUAUGCAACAUAUAAAUGAACAGAAAUUGUUUGCAAAGCAUGCUGAAGUUAUUUUUACAUGCGAAGACACCAUAUAAUGUUUUUUUGUCGAACUUUGAUCUUUACCAAAAAACCUACGGAAACCACUGUGUACAAACAUAAGUAUUGUGAAAUAUGUGGUGGAAAAAUGCCACAUAAUAGACCGUGAGGACAUGGAAAUGAUGACAUGCUAACUUUGGACAUUAUUUGACAUAUUGUGCCAUGCUGUCAUGGUUUAAAAUUCUGAGUCAUCAGUAAUA